AUGCACAUACAGAUAGAGCUUUGGGCGCUCCUGCUCGGCUGCUCACGAGCACGGUCCUUGGACGACGCGGAUGUGCGCGAGGUGAUGCUAUACCGGACCGGGCUGGUCACGGCCACCGCCUCCGUCCUGUUCACCAUCCCGGAUCUCCGCCUUGGCACGCUCGACUCCCUGCUCGCGCUCAGCGAUGACCUCGUCAAGUACAACAUCUUCAUCGAGGGCAUCUCCCACAAGAUCCGUCGGAAAAUCAAGGACCUGGAGCAUGUCGUAGGGGUCGAGCCCGGCACCCUCACCGUCGACGGCGUCCCCAUCGACAGCUACCUCACCGGGUCCGUCUCUGGCCGUGGCCAGUGCUGCUUCUUACAUUGCUCAUCUGCCUACCAGCGCUUGCUUACGUUGUACCCCGUCAACGCCCCGCUCAAGGAGACCUUCGCCAGCAUCCAAUCCCAGGCCGCCAAGAUCGAGGAUGACAUGAAGCCGGAGGUGUACGAGUUCAAGAUCGGCGGCCAGUUUUUUCGGAGGCCUGGAGACCCACCCUUGGACCAAGUUAUCGAGAUUCUACAGAAGCGCAAGGAUAAGUCUCAAGAUGAAAUCUAG